GCAGCCCCUGAGCUGGAGGGAUGGAGAACUCCUCCGCUGCGUCUGCCUCAUCCGAGGCUGGGAGCAGCCGCUCCCAGGAGAUCGAGGAGCUGGAGCGCUUCAUUGACAGCUACGUGCUCGAGUACCAGGUGCAGGGGCUGCUGGCCGAUAAGACAGAGGGGGACGGCGAGAGCGAGCAGACGCAGUCGCACAUCUCCCAGUGGACAACAGACUGCAGUGAGCAGCUGGACAGCAGCUGUUCCUUCUCCCGAGGCCGAGCUCCCCCGCAGCAGAAUGGCAGCAAAGACAACUCUCUGGACAUGCUGGGCACGGAUAUCUGGGCAGCCAACACCUUUGAUUCCUUCAGUGGUGCCACCUGGGACCUGCAGCCCGAAAAGCUAGACUUCACCCAGUUCCACCGGAAGCUGAGACAUACGCCCAAGCAGCCCCUGCCACAUAUCGACCGGGAAGGGUGUGGAAAAGGGAAGCUAGAAGACGGGGAUAGCAUCAACCUGAACGACAUCGAGAAGGUUCUUCCAGCCUGGCAGGGCUACCACCCGAUGCCCCACGAAGUGGAGAUCGCCCACACGAAGAAGUUGUUCCGACGGAGGAGAAAUGACCGGAGACGGCAGCAGAGACCCCCAGGAGGAAACAAGCCCCAGCAGCAUGGUGACCACCAGCCAGGCAGUGCCAAACACAACAGGGACCACCAGAAAUCCUACCAGGGGGGCUCGGCGCCCCACCCCUCAGGGAGGCCCACCCACCAUGGCUACAGCCAGAACCGACGCUGGCACCAUAGCAACAUGAAGCACCCCCCAGGAGACAAGGGGGAGGCAGGCGCCCACCGCAAUGCCAAAGAGACCGUGACCAUGGAGAGUUCCAAACUGGAGGACGCCCUAGGGGACACUGGGCACAGCUGCCUCGAACCCCCCUGCAGCCCUGAUGCGCUUGCCCCAGUGGCUUCUGAGAGGCUGCCCCUGCAGCAGUCAGGGGGUCCGGAGGCCGAGACAAAGCGUAAAGACAGUAUUAUUCCCGAGCGCAUCGGGGAGCGGCCCAAAAUUACCCUGCUCCAAUCUUCCAAAGACAGGCUGCGGCGAAGGCUGAAAGAAAAGGUACCGGACGAAGUGGCCGUGGAGACCACCAGCCCUCAGCAGAACAAGAUGGACAAGUUGAUCGAGAUCCUGAACAGCAUGCGAAACAACAGCAGCGACGUGGACACCAAGCUCAGCACCUUCAUGGAGGAGGCCCAGAACUCGACCAACUCUGAGGAGAUGCUGGGAGAGAUCGUCCGGACCAUCUACCAGAAGGCCGUGUCUGACCGCAGCUUUGCCUUCACGGCCGCCAAACUCUGCGACAAGAUGGCCCUCUUCAUGGUGGAGGGGACCAAGUUCCGGAGCCUGCUUCUCAACAUGCUUCAGAAGGACUUCACCGUGCGGGAAGAGCUUCAGCAGCAGGACGUGGAACGCUGGCUCGGCUUCAUCACCUUCCUGUGUGAGGUGUUCGGCACCAUGCGCAGCAGCACGGGCGAGCCCUUCCGCGUGCUCGUCUGCCCCAUCUACACCUGCCUCAGGGAGCUCUUGCAGUCUCAGGAUGUGAAGGAAGACGCCGUCCUGUGCUGCUCGAUGGAGCUGCAGAGCACAGGCCGGCUGCUGGAGGAGCAGCUGCCUGAGAUGAUGACCGAGCUCCUGGCCAGCGCCCGCGACAAGAUGCUCUGCCCCUCAGAGUCGAUGCUGACCCGGUCGCUGCUUCUGGAGGUCAUCGAGCUCCAUGCCAACAGCUGGAACCCUCUGACGCCCCCCAUCACGCAGUACUACAACAGAACCAUCCAGAAACUGACAGCCUGACAGCCAGGGGGCCUGGCGGGCGGCCCGCGGGCAGCUGGGGCCCUGGUACCCAGGGCCAGAUGGACAGGCGGGAGGACAGGGGUGGCCCUGGCGGGAGAACGAAGUGGGGAGGGAAGCAGUCAGAGCCGGUGGCCAGGCUGGAGCCAGACAGGGAAGGAGGAGGGCCCCUCGUCCGAGCCCCCCCAGCCCCACGCAUGCAGCAGCUCACACCAAUAAGGGAAGCAUGUUUCUUUCUCAUGGUGGCCCCGGUCGCCCCUCCCCACUCCCGCUCCUCCCCGCCCCCUCCCGCCAGCCGCGUCCCCCGCAGGGCUUUGUGGGAAGGGUUUCAUCUCCGUGAC